AUGGCCGCCAUCGCGUGCGCGUGCAGCGCCGCGUGCGUCGGUGUCCCGCGACGAACCGCCGUCGCCGCCACCGCCGCCGUGGGCGCGAUCGGGUCGCUCGUCACCUUGUCGCUCGCCUACCGCGAGCCUCUGAACCGAUGCCGAUGCGGUGAUGCGGCGUCGACCUCCACGGCGGCGGACGCGGAGACGCCGCGCGAAAACCGACGCGCGCGCGGAGGGAAAUUCCCCCCGCGAGCGCACUGCGCGCGAUGUCGCAAGCGCACGCGAUUCGGCGUGACGCUAAGUUUCAUCUUUUCGCCGGCGUACGUCGCCGUCGUGAGCGGGACCACGGCGCUCGUCGCGCACGAGUUCGGUCGCCGGUCGCUCGCGCUGUGCAGACGGUUGGCGCGCGGCGCCGCGAAACGCGCUCGACGCGCGCCCACGUUCGACUAG